AUGCCGUCCGCAAUAUCACACCUGGUGGCAGUCAAGAACGCCUUCAACGCGAGGCUGUUGUUGUCCUGCUCGCUCAUUGCCUUUUCCCAGAUGAAUUUUGGCUUCGAUUCGACCGCCUUCCAGGCUACACAGGCCAUGGAUGCAUUUGCGGAGACGUUCGGUGUUUACAAUACCACGACCAAAAAAUGGUACCUCGAAUCGACCUACUUAUCGCUGCUGAACGCCCUGCCCUUUAUUGGUUUCGGUGCUGGCCUCUUCGCUGGAAGUACCGUCAGCGCGCGCUUCGGCCGCCGGAUGGUCAUGUUCACUAUGAGUGUCUACGCUCUGAUAAGCGUGCCCAUCACGGUUCUUUCGACUUCAAAAGAGCAAAUGUUGGCAGCUAGGAUAAUCAACUUUGCAUACUUAGGCAUGGAGUUGUCCGUUGUUCCCAUCUUCCAAGCUGAAAUUGUUCCACCAAAAGUUCGAGGCUUGGUUGUUGCCACAUAUCAGCUGUGUGUCUACAUUGGCGGCGUCAUCAUGAGCAUCGUCUGUCAAUCAACCGCCAAAAUGCAAGGAGACCUUCAGUGGAGGAUUCCGCUUGCGCUGUUUGCAUUCGUUCCACUUGUUGUCACGGUGCUUAUCUGGUUCAUUCCAGAAUCUCCCCGUUGGCUUUUGAUGCAUGGUCGCCACGAGGACUCUCUUAGAUCCCUCAGAAUCCUGCGCAGGGGCAAAUUCACUGAUGAAGAGAUUGAAAUGGAAUUCAAUUCCCUGCAAAUCAUCCUCGCCGAGGAACAUGAGCAGGGGAACUUCAUGGAGAUCUUCCAGGGCCCAAACUUGAAACGGACGUGGAUCACGGUGGGGAUUAAUUUCUUCCUCCAAAUUACAGGACAGGUGUUUACUUCUCGUUACGGGACCAUCUACAUCAAGUCUCUCGGCACUGUCGACCCUUUUAUUAUGACAAUUGUCAAUCAGGCCGUUAAUCUGACUGGCAUCCUCUUCUCCAUGGCGUUCGUCGAUUCCGUUGGAAGACGCCCACUUCUUAUUUUCAGUGGUGGAUUGCAGGCUGCUUCGCUCUUUGCCAUGGGGGGGUUGGGCACUCCGAAAAUCAUCACGAAUGCCAUGAAGACAGGAGUCGUUGCCUUGAUUACCGUCUUCAAUUUCGGUUUCACAAGCGGCUUGGCUCCCUUGUCGCAUACAAUAUCGGCUGAAAUUCCGACGUCGCGUCUUCGAGACAUGACAUAUCGGACAGCAAGUGCUGUCAAUGUUCUCGCUUUGCUAACUCUCAUAACUCAUAGGUUGGUGGUCACUCUUGUCAUCCCUUAUUUGUUGGAUGCACCCUACGCAGCGUUAGGGUCCAAGGUUGGAUUCAUCUUCGGAAGCUUCGCUAUAUGUUCGAUGAUUUUCACAUACUUCUGCAUCCCGGAGUGUAAGGGUAAGACGCUCGAGGAAAUCGACCGCUUGUUCAUUGAGAAGGUACCGAUCCGGAAGUUUAAGCAUACCAAGCUGCCUGUGGAAUUCAUGUCGAAAACAACUGAGGGGGUCAAAUCGGAAGAGGUGGUGCAAGUCGAGUGUGCCUAA